CUCUCUCUCUCUCUCUCUCUCUCUCUCACACACACACACACACACACACACAAAGUUUUGUAAUAUUGACACAGCACCCACCUCACACAGAUAAAAGCGACACGCUGAAGGGAUUUCUCAGUAAAAACCUGAAGACCAGACGGCUAUCCAGACAUGAAUUUGAAUGAUGAUGGCGGCACAGAUGGAAAAAAUUCACACCGUAACACAGGAAACAAAGGAUCUAUGUGCACAGUCAGAGCUGGGUCCAGAAGUCUUCCUCGGUAUCCGCUGGUUAUCAUUUGUUUAGGACUGCUAAACACUAUUCUGAUGUUAACUGCUAUUGUUAUUGGAAUUUUCUGUGGCAACGUCAGUGAGGAAUCUCAUCCACACCAAAUAACAGCAGAAGCGCUCAUUGUAGAGGUGAAACAACUUCAGAAAAUGCAGACCGAAGCAAUUAAAGCUCACGAAGAGACCCAACAAGCAUUAGAGGAACAGCUCAGGAGCCAUCAGCAACUAAAACUGCAGUUAGAGCAGAACAAGACAGCCAGUGACGGCUUUCAGAGGCAGCUUGAGAUACUUCAAAUGGAGAAAGCAACACUGCAGUCCAGUACAUCUGAUAUUCGGGGAAAUUGCGGACGAUGCCAGUCAGGGUGGCUCUUGUUUAACACAUCAUGCUACUUCCAUUCUAUAUCAGCAUCCAAUCCUAGAAAGAACUGGACUGACAGCAGGGCGGACUGCAUCAGGCGUGGGGGCGAUCUGGCUGUGAUUGAUAGCUUGGAGGAGCAGCUCAAUCUUUUUGAGUACCUACCCAAACUGGAUAAAAGCAUUCGCCCAUGGUGGAGAAAGCCAGGGACUUGGAUUGGCCUGAUCGAUUUUCACGGAGAAGGCAGUUGGGUGUGGAUAAAUAAUGUGACACUUCACAAUCAAGGGUACUGGAUACCAGGCCAGCCCAACAACCACGGAGUAGGUGGUCAACGAUGUGGAGCAAUUAUGAACAUUGAGAACCCAACGGCAACGUGGUAUGAUGCAACCUGCCCAGUUGAAAAGGAAUAUUUAUGUGAAAUGGAACCCAACUAGCUGUGGAGAGCACGGCGGUCCGUAUCCAGGCUGAGUUUUAGUCUACUCAUGAUGUGAUGCUCUUGACUAACACACUGAUGCUUUUCAUGAACACUAUUAAUACAACAGAUGUUUUUUUCAUUCUUAUUCAUGUUUAUUUUCUGUUGCCAUAACUUCUUUUGUCACUGCUUGGUUAAAACUCUUUUAAAGUUGGUUUAUUCUUAGCAGUGGUGGAAAAAGUAUUGAGAUGUUUUACUCAAGUAAUGAAGUUAAAAAAAAAACUCUAUUAAAAGUCCUGCUCUGACAAAAUGUUACUCAAGUAAAAGUAGAGAAUUAUUAGCAUUAAAAGGUGGUGAAAGUAUGAAAAGUAAAAGUACUCGUUACGCAAAAUGACCCCAGUCAGAGGGUUUUAUAUGUAUAUUAUUGAAAUAUUAUUAUUGGUGUGUUAAUGUAAGCAGUGUUUUACUGUUAUCACGGCAGGGCUACUUGUAACAAACUAGUUUAAUUUAUAAGCAUGCAUAAUAGGUUUUAAAUUGAUCAAAUGUUUUAACUGUUAAAACGUGACUUAAAUUUAACUGGUAACUAAAGCUGUCAGAUAACAACUAUAAAUGUCAUGACAUGACAGAGGACUUGUCUUACUGUCUCUGUUAUUCCUGUGACUUGUCCUCUGGCAGCACCAGUCAGUCCAAAAUUUUUUUGUCCAGUACCUGCAAAAGUAAUGACAUUCCCAUCAGCCUCAGGUACACUUUGCAUUUGGGAGUAAUUAGCAAAUGUUAGCAUGCUUAACUUUGUUGGUGAACAUGGCAUUAGCAUUGCAACUGUGUGCAUGUUAGUAUGCUGAGAUUUUUAUUGUAGUCUUAUUAUGAUGUAACCUUGACAUACAGUGCAUGUACAAAAGAGCUUUGGUUCCUAAAUGUGUUUUUUCUGUGUGUAAAUAAAGUCUGAGUGAAUGAAUUACAAAGUGGCACUUAUAUGUGUGAGCAGCAGGGGGUGCAAAUAUGUCAUUUAUGCCAUACAGCCUCCUUAAUAACAUUGGCUAAACAGGGCCUGCAAAUUGUACCUCACUCAAGACUGAAAACACAAGGGGUCUGUGCAUUUGUUGUCCGGGGGUACCUUGGGGGUUAGGUCAGCAAACAGGUCAGUUAGGUCAGCAUCAAAUGCUUUAAGUCACAACUGAAGACCUUUCUUUUUAAUAUGUGUUUUUAUACUUGAGUCAUGGACUCGUGGAGCUGUGAAGCUACUUAUUGUUUUUUAUUGUGCUAUUUUCUCCUGUUGCAAUAUUUGUGCUGUACUCAUUUUUGCUCUUUUAACCUCCUUCCUUUUGUACAGCACUUUUGAAAGAUGCUAUAUAAAAUACAACUUAACUUAAUGAUUAACUUACUUAUGCAACUUCUGUGAAACCUUGGCUUUAAAAUAAAUCCACUCCCGAGUCAAUCAUCCUUCAGGCUGCAUUUUGUUAAAGUUCUGUCCACAAGUUACACAAGUCUUCCUGUGCGUCCUGCAAGCAUGCAUCAUAACGCUGGCAAUGCAAGGCUUAAUUUCAGGGAAGGUGCGUUUCUGCUGAUGUCCAAUAUUUGUCUUACACAACAGUGUUUUUCAGCUGUACCAGCCAAUAGGUCAUGGCAGUUGUUUAACUGAAACUGGCUCUUUGCCACACCUUCGGGAGCUGUGAUUGUUGAAACAGCAGGUUUGCACAAUGACCCAGCUGGGAACCUUGUAGCUCCCUCAGAGGUCUCUUGGAGGCCUUCUUUUUUCACACAAGUUUUUUAAAAAAUUUUUAAUUACAAACUGUAGGUGUAAAAAGGUCCUCUAACCUUUUUACACCUGCAAAAUGUCACUCAAGUUAACACGUACUGAUCAGGAAGAGACUUAAAAUGACUACAAAAGGUACACAAAUGAACUACCAAAACAGACAAAACAACCCCAAAGAGGCACAAAUGGCCACAAAGACAUAAAAAUGACUACAGAGAGACACAAAACGACAACAGAGACACAAAAUUACUACAAAGACACACAAAAUGACCACAAAGAGACACAAAAUAACUAAAAAGAAACACAAAAUGACUACAAAGAGACACAAAACGACCUCAACGAGGCACAAAACGACCACAAAGAGACACAAAACAACUUUUCAUCGUUUCAAUAAAUGAAGAGAAUGAGUGGAGUUGUCCAGCGUCCUGCUUCAGGCAGGCUAUGAGGCUAAAACUCAACAUUAACUCGACAAUAAUGAAAAUAAAAUGAGUCCAAGAACUGACCCCUGAGGCACCCAACAUGUUAAAGAAUUUCUGGUUGGAUAAAUAAAAUGAAAAACAGUUAAAUGCAGCACCAGAUAUCCCAACCCAUUUUUUCCACGGACUGUCAAAUAAACAUUUUCUCACAUUUAGUUUUAAUGUUACUGCUGGAUUUAUAGAAAGAAGCACUCGCUUUCAAACUCACUGUGCAAAAACACGAGUGACUGACUGGGCCUGUCACACUUUGUUCUGCUGAUAGCUGCUGUUGGAGUCAGGGUUUGUGUAACUGAUAAACAAUUUCAUUUCACUCUUCUGUGGAAUAUGACUUACAUCCGAUAACUCAAUGACACCUUUCCCCUGAAAAAAAAAAAAAAUAACUUCCUGUGCAAAACUUUUAACUAUGUCAGCAUACUUUAGAAAAUGUUUUGAGCUACAUUCAAUGCAGAACAAGAUUACUACAUAUUGUAUAUAAAAACAUUUGUUUCCAAAACUUUAAUAUUUAUGUAUAUUAUUUGGCAUGGUUUUUAAUGCUUUAGGGAUUGCUUUUCUGUUUAGCUUUAUAUUUCUGUCAACAUUAUCAAUAAAAAUCUGUGGGCAAUAAAGAUGAAAAAUGUCGGGGUAUAGGCUAUGUCAAAAGAAGACAUUCCUGCAUGGCGAAAAGAUGCAAAUUAAUGUUAUACUCUACAUAAAACAUUUUAAUGAGAAGAAUAUAUUUGAAUGUAACCCCUUUGUAAUAAUGAACAUUUUGAUUAGUAGCUGUAAUUUAGGUCCUGUUUUAGGUCAGAUUUCAAAUGAAAACGGUAAACUUUUGUUGCGUUUUGGCUAAUCGUUUACUCGACAGCGGCAUUUUGGGUGCCUGAAAAUGCAACGUUUUGAAAAUGGGGAGAGAAAGUCGACAAUCACCACAACAAUGGCCGACUCCUGAGCUCUGUUUGUGCUGCUCACCCUAUUGAAUUUAGAAAUGCUUCUCCAGCAAGGUGUAGAUUUACAACUCCACCUCGUCGUCCGUCCAGAAAAACGUUUGUGCGGUUGCCAUUUUGUCAUCCCGCCAACUACUGGCCUGGCAUGUAUACUACAGCGUUUUUGGUCAUUUUUGCGGAUCCGUGUGCAAAACAUUGUCGUCUGAACGCGGAACUUUUUUCAAAAUGAGAAUGAGAAACAUUUUCAUGUAAACAUGGCCUUAAUUACAUGUUUUUUCUCUGUAACUGAUUACAAUCACAUUGUUUUGUAGUUUAAUUACAUUUAACUGCUUACAUGUAACUAGUUACUCCCCAACACUGUGUAGGAUAUAGUGGCAUGGCGCUGAUGUUGCAGAUUGCAACCAACUGAGACUUCUAUGUGCCAAGUGUGCAGGAGAACGAUGAUGGUUGACGCAAAAACACGACUGUCCCUAUAGUGCCAGUGUUGGAUUUGUCCGCUCUCGAAACAACAUAGUGGAUAUUCUAAUGUCACAAAAACACAACGAUUCUUAGUUUCAGGUGAUGAUACACAAAUGAAAACAUAGUUAUGAAUAUCAGGUGGGGGUGGAUUUACAGCCAGACACACCCCUCUCCUUCACAGAUAUAAAAGCAAGGCACAAACAGAUGAGUGGGCAAAGCUGCAAUGCUGCAAUGGCGAAUCCACAAAGCAGGACAGAGGAUGGGCAGAAAAUAUCAUUCAUACAGAGGCUUUCUCAGGUUUUCCUCAACACUGGUGUAAAUCUUCAGUUUCGCUAUAAACAGUUUGGACAAGGUGGAGAUGGAUCUAACCGACUGGUUUUACUCUGUCUGGGUCUGUUGAACAUCACUCUGCUGAUAGCUGCUGUUGUUAUUGGGAUUAACUGUGCCAAAGUCAAAGAGGGUUCCCUCCGGGUUUCCCACUCAGCUGCAACACAGCUCAUCGAUGAGCUCAACUAUCUCCAUGGCAACUACAGCGAUGUGAUCAAAGCUGAGGAGGAGGCCAAAAACGCGUUAGAGAGCGUGCUCAAAAACCACACACGGAUGAAAGAGAAAAUUGAGCAGCAGAAGACCAUCAAUGACAAUUAUCAGAAACAGAUGGAGGCACUGCAAGAAGAGAGCAAAAUUCUGUUGUCCAAUGUUUCGGCUUUGGAGGAACACUGUAGCGGAUGCCCCUCUGGAUGGAUUCCUCUCAACUCAUCCUGCUAUUUCUUUUCUUACACUGAGUCCCCUAACGUUGAAAAGAACUGGGAAAAAAGCAGAGAAGACUGUAAAAGUCGUGGAGCCGACCUGGUUGUGAUUGAUUAUCCGGAGGAGCAGAAUUUUGUGAGUCACACCAUUGACCAUAUGAUGGCUGGCGGCUUCUGGGUUGGUCUCACUGACAUGAACACAGAAGGGAAAUGGGUCUGGAUUAAUAAUGUCACUGAGGUGGAAAAUAGGUACUGGAUGGAUGGAGAACCAAACGACGUUGGAUACCAUGGAGAAGACUGUGCAAUGGUAAUUGCUAGCCGUAUGACUCCCUGGAAGACCCGUAACGAUGCCAAUUGCCGCCAUUCUAUGAAAUGGAUAUGUGAAAUGACAUCAAGAUAGAAUCAGGAAGUUCUGCUCAAGCAGAAAACACAUUGUUUUUAUUGUUUCAUUUUUUUUUAAAGAAUAAAACCAUUUAAAGAUUUA